UUUACGGCACUCAAUGCAUAGAGGGUUCGGCAGAAGAUACGAUCCAGGGCCGGGGGGGGAAUGAAACAACCCUAAAUUCAUGGAGAAUGAAUCAAACGUGGCCACCGAUUGCUUUAAUAGCGAGCCGAAGGAAGUGGUAAUGGAGAUCCGAGACUGGUCGGAGCUGACCUCAGUGUGUCUAACGAACAUCUUCCAUAGGCUUAGCCUGGAGGAUCGAUGGCGAGGAGCUAUGUUGGCGUGCCGCUCAUGGUUUGAGGCGGCUAAGGAUCCCACGCUCUUUUCCUCCUUCGAUCUCGAGCCUGCCUUUGAUGCAGCCGGUGCCGGGCGUCCUGAUACGCCGUUCUGGUGGACGCCGGCGUUCCAGCGCCGGGUCGACGCUAUGCUCCGCUCGGUGUCGGAGUUCGGUGCAGGCGGGGUGCGCGAGAUCCGCGUCAGGCACUGUUCCGAUGCCUCCCUAAGCUUCGCAGCCGUAAGGUCGCCAAAUCUUCAAAUCCUUUCAGUAAAAAAUUCACAAAGUUUGACUGAUGCAUCAAUCUCCAUUGUUGCAUCUUACUGCUCUCUCAUUAGAGAACUGGAUAUCAGCAACUGCUACGAGAUAUCCUACAAAUCACUCGAAAUGAUUGGAAAAAACUGCCCCAAUCUUAUUAUUCUGAAACGAAACCUACUAAACUGGCUCGACCCUUCUCAGCACACUGGCAUAGUUCCAGAAGAAUACCUAAGAGCUUGCCCUCAAGACGGCGAUCAGGAAGCCGCUUCAAUCGCACAGUUCAUGCCUGGGCUGAAGCAUCUCGAGCUCCGUUUUUCGAAGCUCUCUAUCAAAGGUCUUGUUUGGAUUACAGAACGGUGCCGAGAUCUGGAACUACUCGACUUCUUUGGUUGCGCGAACUUGACGAGCCGGUCCCUGGAACUGGCUUCGGCCAAACUUGAGAAUCUUAAAACCUUAGUUAAGCCCAACUUUUACAUUCCCAGGUCUGUAUUCCAUGCGGAGAGAUAUGGGCAUUGGAGAUUGUAUGAUGAGAGGUUUCAGACCAAUGUUUUCCAGAUCUGAUACUGUCAACUUUGCCUGCAGGUUUGCAGAUUUAUCUAUUUUAAAUGUUCUUUGUAAAUAAUGUAACUACUAAGAAGUUUCUGUUGCUCUCUGUAAGGUGUAGCAUGCUUUCUUUACCCGCUGAAGUUGUAAAACACAUUUACAUUUGGUGAAUGAUGAUGUUGGUGUGGUUUUUGCUGA